AUGUGCCCUCCGAGAGCUUCACAUGCACUCACCACGAGCUCCACCCUUCACAGAAAAGGGACAAUGACAGCCUGGUCCUUCCUUGAGCUGUGGAAAACCUCUCAUUCUACUCUGCUCCAAAUGACUUUGGCCAUUGCUCUGAUGGUCCCUGUUCUUGGUGAUUGUGGACCUCCACCUGGUUUACCAUUUGCUGCUCCAGUCAGCCAGAUGUAUGUGACUAUCUUCCCAACCGGAAGUGUUCUGAAAUAUGCCUGCCGUCAUGGCUUCAGGAAAAUCAAUUCAAGCCUUCUUACUUGUGAUGAGAAUGGUUCAUGGGCCUAUAAUAUCUUUUGUGUCAAGAAACAAUGCAGAAAUCCAGGCGAAUUGAUCAAUGGGAAAGUAGAAAUUACGACUGAUCUUUUCUUAGGUUCAACCAUAGAGUUCAGCUGCUCAAAGGGCUAUGUUCUGAUUGGCUCAGCCACUAGUCGGUGUGAGAUUCAAGGUAAAGGCGUUGACUGGAGUGAUUCUCUUCCAGAAUGUGUAAUUGUCACGUGUGAGUCCCCUCCAGACAUCAGCAAUGGGAAGCACAGUGGUAUAGAAGAAGACCUUUUCUCAUAUGGCUCAAUAGUCACCUAUAGCUGUAAUCCCAGCUUCAUACUCUCCGGCAACGCCUCCAUUGUCUGUACUGUGGUAAACAAAACAGUGGGUGUUUGGAGCUCAAGACCCCCUACUUGUGAAAAUGAGCACCAACUGACAGAAAAUGGAACUUCAGCAUUCAACUUGGUGAGACCAGUGAGCUUUCCAGGCCCACUACCGAAAGAUGGUUGUACUAACCUACCAGAUAUUCCCAAUGCUUCCUGGGACAAAAACGGUUUUCCCUUAAGAAAAUCUGAAGUAUAUGAAAUUGGGACCAAUUUGAAAUACCACUGCAAUUAUGGCUACCAGUCAGCUUCAAAUGAAUCCCAUUUUGUGACUUGUCGGGAAAACCAGACAUGGUCGCCUUCCAGAGGAUGUGAAAGGAUAUGCUGCCCAACACCAAAUAUGGAGAAAAUCAAAAUUGUAAGUGAAAGGAGAGAUUUCACUGGUAUAUGCACCUAUGCCUAUGGAGACUAUAUUUUCUAUAUUUGUGGUGAAGGUUCUUACCCUAUGUCUAUGGAUGGAAGGAGUUCAUGUCAAGCAGAUGGAAAGUGGGGCCCUGCAAUACCAUCAUGUCAAGAGGGUAAGAACCUGAAAAACCUUCUUGCUGUUACCUCACCACAGUUACCAGAAAUAAACAUUAAAAACAAUAAGUAUCUAAAGAAUCAUGGGAAAAAUAGUCCCUUUAUUUCUGCUAAUGAUGUGUGUCCCAAACCAUUCAUCAUAAAUGGAAACCUGUCUGUGGAGAAAGAUUACUAUGCUAAACUGGAAAAUGUCACCGUUCAAUGUGAUAUUGGAUUUGACUUAGUUGGUUCCCCAAACAUUGUUUGUUCGGAGAACAAGACAUGGCACCCUGAUAUACCCCACUGUAAGCUGGAGGUCCUUGAAGACUGCAGGGUAGUGAAUGAAGGCAGAAAACUCCUGCAGUGCCUCUCAAGCCCAGAAGAUGUGAAAAGGGCCCUGCAGGUGUACAAGCUGUCUCUGGAGAUCGAACUAUUAGAACAGCAGAAACAGAAGUGGACAAAGGUCUCCAAAAAACCAUUUAAACGUGUUAAAGUAAAGGGGCCACGUAGGCCUUUUGGUUAA